AUGGCACAUCUGAUUAAGAACGUGCCUGUUGGCGUGGCCAAACCACUGCAGGCAGAUGGGCUGGAAGCUGGAGCAAUUCUUCAACAACAGCUGGAAUCAUUUCAGACAUUUCAGAAACAGACUCUGGAGAAUGCUAAUAGGGUACAGUCUGAAAUCAGUGACAUACUAAAUAAAAAUAUAUUUGAAAUGAAAACCCCAGUACAUACGUCAGCCAAGAUUAUGAUGACUGCACACAUCACUUUUACAGCAAAUAAUGCAUCACUGCAUAUGGAAUAUCCUGAAUUGUUGUCUUCUCAAAGAGAAGUUCACCAUGACCAACAAUCCGGUUCUGAAGAGCACGUGGAAGUAAACUGCAGUGCUAAAAAUGUGAUGCUGCUGAGGCUAGGAGAUCAGAAGUUCAGUAAAAACAAAGCAUCCCCUAAAUAUGAUGGAGAAAUUGAAGCAUUGCAUAAGCUUCUGAAAAACUCUGAGCAUCUUCAAAAAAGAGUACAUUAUCUUGAGAAUGAAAAUCUACAUCUCAUGAACAAGGUCAAACCUCUUGCUGAUUCUGUACAGUCUUUGAAAGAAAAAAUAUCAAAAUAUGAUGUGAAAAUUAAGGACUUCACUAAAGAAGAGAGGAGUAUGCAAACUCAGUUGGUUAAAUCACCAGAAGGCAAUGAGGGAUGCGUUAAGGAAGUAAAGAGUCUGAUAAGAAAAUAUAAAGAACUCCAGAACCAGAAAAUCAUCCUUGAAAAGAAAAAGAAUCAACACCACAAUAGAAACAAAGACACAACACAGGCACUACAUGAUUUUCAGAUUAGGAACAAGAAAUUAGAAGAAAAGAUGACUGUUGGUACUUGCGAAAAAGGGAGGCUCAAUACAGUGCUAGAGUCCUUGAAACACAAAUGCUCCAAUUCACAAGAAACAAAUAAAAAACUUGGUCAGCUUACAGAAGAAAAGAGCUCCCUAGAGCAAGAGCUUGAAGGAAAGCAGAGUGAAAUAAAACAAAUGAAAGAAAAAGCACCUGCAACAAAAUCUGAACUGGAGACUCAUCUUCAAUUAAUGCAAACAUUUGCAGAGAAAAAACUUAAUCUUGAAAUGACUCUGCAGGAAUGUUCUAAUACUAAACAGAUGCUGCUGAAGGACACUGAGGAAGUCCAGACAGGUGAAGUGCAUACAGAAAAGAAACUCAUGACUGAACCCAGAAAUGCAAAAGCAGACACUGAUCUUUUAAAAUAUAACUUGACCGCUGCAAACACAGAAUAUAAGAGGUUAUCAACAGUAGUAACAAACAUCACAGAGGAAAAUCAGCUACUGAAGAGAGAACUGAAUGAAUACAGACAAUACGCUUCCAAGUAUGAAAAUGACAUUAGAAAACUGUCUAAAGAAUGCUUACUAUUAGAAAAUCAACUGUGGACUAUUGAAAAUGAGAGAGAUGUAGCACAGCUUGAAUUCCACCGUUUGCAUAAGGAUUAUGUU